CUACCUAGUCCAAUUGAAUCAACAGUCGGUUGAGGAGUAGUAACCGAGAAUUGUUUAGACUGACGUCAACAACGGUUUAACACAAACGACAAGAUAGCAGCACGCGAUGGGGAGGACUUUGCACGUUUCGUGCAUUCGGUUUUGGUUUUCGUGCUAUGAGUAACUUGUGAUAUGAGUUCAGUGCUAGAGCGAUUUCUGAACGGUGAACAUCGGAUUAUCGUGGGAAGAUUGUUACUGCGGUCAACGUAAAAAAUACAGAAACUGUGCGUGUAGGUCAGUUAAAACGUGCAUACUUGAAAUGCUUCGACGUUGUCUGUGCAAUGCAACGUUGCUGUUUUGCGCACCGGUUGACAAAAAAUGGUCCGCAUGGUUAUGCAACUUGCCUGAGUUCAUCAACAGUGUCUAGGAUCUUCGAAUUUUAAUUCGAAAUACGUGAAAUUCAUUGCAUACCGUUUCAGCGGUUGCAUCGAAGUACGAUAAAUCCGGCCUCAGUACACGUGGAUCGACAACCAGGUCAAGUCAAUUCGAGCAAUCGGUUCGGUUUAACCUAGAGGACGAAAUUAUCGGUAGUCUCAGUGGCAGUAGUGCACCGAGCAGCAUCGAUAGUAACACAGGCACAAGCACUAACAAUGAAGACAGUCUAGAGAUUAUGGAAGAGAUCGAAGUGCAGGACGAAGGUAGCAGCAGACACGAUGGGAACACCACCAGCAGCUUGUCAGAUAGUGCUGCGCCACAUUUUACAGAUCUGGUAGAUCGGAAUGAAAGUGCAGUCCCACCCAGUCGGAAGAAUCGACCGAUUGAGGAAAGAAAAAAGCAGUUGUUUGAUAUUGAUGCGGGAGAAGGAAGUGCGGUGGGGUUCGAUAUCGAUGAAGUGAAAUUGUCUGGGGACGAGAUAGCACAUCAUUUCCAAGAGUUAAGUGAAAAAGAUGAAUUUUCGUCGGAAGGGAAUAUAGUGAGUAAACAGUUUCUACAGCAUACAGAAGAGCCCGACUCAUUGGAUGGAAUUCUGGACGAAAUAGAUAAAUCACAAGAGCAGGGCGUCUCAAGUCGGAAGCUGUUGGGCACAGAAGUCGAUCCUAGAAGUGCAAAAGUGUUCGAGACAAAAGAGCUUUCUCCUUUGAAUGACGAUGAUAUUUUAAUCAAUAACAGCAAGGUGAAUUUGAAUUCAUUGAAGAGAGUUCAGAAACAGCCCAAUGUGCAAGAAAAUAGUAGUGAAAAUAGUUUAAACACAACGAAUGAUAUUUCCGAGCUAGCACACGAUACUGAAAGUGAUCGCAUAAUGAGUGAUAAUUUUGACCCGAGUUCGCGUAGUGGAAGCGUUUCUAAACCAAAGAAUAGCAAUAAGGAUUCAAGGGGGGAAUUAACAUCGCUAAGGAGCAAAAGUUUUGAAGGUGUCGAUAAAAAUAAAGAAGCAGACCCUAGACCUUCAUUUUCUAGUCUCAAAAUCAUGAGGAUACAUGACGAUAAAUCGUCGGAUUCGCUGGAACGGAACAUCGAAGAGGACAAUUCAAUAGAGGAAAUGGUUAUGUCAAAUCAUUCGAUUCAAGCAUCCGCAGGCGGAAAUGACAUAGUUUCACAGUUGGUGGAAGAAGAGCAUUUUUCCUUGGGUAGUAAUGAUUCUACAGAUUUGAAAGAAAAAAUAUUCUCCUCUAGCAAAUCAUUUGAAGAAGUUCAGUCGAAACAUGACUUGGAAGUUCCGAGCGAGAGUGAAAAUUCCACUUCCAACAAGCAGAUGGAAAAGGUAACUGAUUUCAAGGAAGCUUUAGAGGAUAUAUCUGAGGAAUCUGAACAUACCCUUACGGGCUCUAAUCAUUCGGGUAGUAAAGGUAAUACGGAUGAGGAACACCAUUCAAUCACAGAGAAAGGUACAGAGAUACGGAAGAUUUUAUUGGAAAAAGUUUUACAGAAGCAGCUGAAUAUUGGCAGCACUAUUUACGAAGACAACAAAGAGAAUAUUCCAGAUUCGUUACCGACGAUCAAAAAUCCUAACGAUCAUCAAAGCUUCGAUAGUGUUACUAGCUUGAGUGUACUUCAAGCCGUGGAUGAGGAAUUUGAGAAGAUACGGGAGAUUAUAACCCACAAAGACUAUAACGAUGAGUUUAUGCUUAGAGACACUCGCACAGACUCUCUGAAAGAUCCUCCACGAUCGGGUGAUUCGAUUAGUUUGGCUACUAACUCAACCGAAUAUAGACCGAUGGUCAGUGAGCAUGAACCGGCCAGAGAGUUGUACAGUAAGCUUUCGAAACAGAAAGAGCUCAUCGAAACCCUAAUAGAGGCUCGCGAUCUAUCUGACAAAAGUGUUGCAAAACUAACGGUGGAAGUAAAUCACCUGCGCAAACAGUUGGCUGAUCACACUGAGGCUAUGAAGCAGAAACCGCACUGGAUGCGAGAUCAGGAAAGUAAUCAACGAUUAUCUGAAAUAUCGAUUGAUUUAGUAAGUGAAACAGAUGAUGCACUCUCUGAUUUUCCUGAGGAAGAACGAUCAAACCGGAACUCACGGGAGAGGCAACUAGAUCUGAACCUCGAUAUUGACUUUUCCGAGCAAAACCCACUCCACAUUCCUCCUGCUAUUUCCAAGCAGCUGGAGCAGUUUCGGAAAUAUUUGUCCGCUGACGAAUUGCGGCUGUUUAAUAUGGUACAAGGCAAGUUUGAUGAUUAUUUAAAACUUGAAAUGGAGCGACAGCGAGAAGAGCUGGAAGCGCACCAUGAUCAGGAAAUGACUGACCAGCGUACGUAUUUUGAGAGAAAAUGCACGGAACUGGAGAAGCAGUUUUCGGAAGAAGUGAUAUCGCAAAAUAGUCGACGGUUGACCAAUGAAUCGGCGUCCGAUAUUUCCGACCAGGAAGAAUUUCCAGAGGAAAAUGGUGGCUAUCAGACAAAACCUAAUAGCCCAAAGAGAAAAAUCAAAGAGCUCAUUUAUCUUAGUCCGACGCAUAGAAAAAUCACUCCAACCACAAUUGAUACCACCGAAGGCAGUGCCGAUGAAGUGAUGGAGGUGACCACCGAGAUUGAGCAAGAGUUCAAUUUAGAGCAAACUGUGCAUGAGCUGUGUGAGAAUAAAAUUGCGGAACUGAAUCGGAAACAUGAGGAAACCGUGAAGCAGUUACGGGAUAAGCUGAAGUGUUACGAAGAUAGGGAAGCCACCGAAGAGUUUGAGCCUAAUAUUGAAGCACUUCUCACGCGCAAAGAUGCAUCUCAUCUAAUAAGCCAAAUUGUACCACCGGUUGCUUUACCGGCCGGUCGUUCAAGGCAGUCUGACGUGUUACUAACAGCUGAAAGCACCACCAACAGCACUAACACUGCCGCAGAGGUCGUUGACGUUGGCACUGAGCCAAGUGACGAUCUGCACGAGAUAAUCAUCAGCUACGAGCGGCGCCUGCAGGAACAGGUUGCUCUGGCACGACAGGAUGUGCUAAAGGAGCUGGAAGUACAAAUCCAGGCACUGCUGUCCGACUCUGCUACCGAAGAUAGUCGUUGGCCUCCGGAGUUGAUUCUGCUGAGGGAAAAGUUCACAGCCAAAAGUCAGUUGGAAAUCGCUCAGCUUCAGAUUAAACAUGAGGAAGAGAUGGCACGUGUAAAAGCUGAAUUCGAAAAACAGUUACAGUGGAAGUUGAAGCGCCAAUCGACGUUCGAUUCGGCCAGAGAUUUGGAUAAAAUUAUCAGUGAGCGUGACAAUCUCCGAGAUCUGUCGUCGUCAUUACGCAACGUAUUCGGUGCCUUUCUGAAAUACGUUUCGGUCUGUGAAGAGGAUUUAAACAGCACCGUUAUCGAUGAAUUGCAGAAACUUGGCAUCUUAUCGGGCCUGGCGGAGGACAGUUUCGACGCCUCUGUACUGGACGUUAAUGCGUCCAAUGUAUCGACCGGUUCGGUGAAAAAGUUCGUUAAGUUUGCCCCGAACGUUUCCGGGUUGAAAUCAGUGAUUGAAGAUCCCUCUCUGAUAGAGUUUAUAUCGAAAGACAACGGGACAGAAGAUGCGAAUCAAUCACUGAAUCUGGACGAAUGCUUGGAUACAUUAAGGUCCCAUGCAACGCAUUUAUCAACACUUUGGGAAAAACUAUCAAAAAAACUGGAUAUGAAGGACGAAGACGCUGAUGCAAUUUCAAUAAAAAGUGAUAGUUGCGAGGAAGAAGACGGUUUGAAGCGAGGAACCGAUAAAAAGGAGAACGCAAGCACGCGUUCGUUCGAUGAUAAUCUGGUGCGAACAAUCAAAGCAACUGACAACCAGCUGACCGCAGGUAGUAGUCUGCCCGCGGAUUUGGGUUCACUACAAACCAGCGGAGAAUUGAAUAUCAAAUUGCAUGAACUAAAAAAUCGCCUGCUAAAAUCAGAAGACGAGAAGCGUAUUUUAGAAAGUAAGCAUAACAGUUUGGUGAUUGAAUUGAAUGAAACCAAACAGCAUUUGCUGGAACUGAACAGCCAAAGGGUGGAGUUUAGUGAAGGAUAUGGAACAAAUGCUCUACUGCCAACCGCUCAGCGAUCCUCUAACAGUUUUGUAGAGCUGCAGGAACGUGCGAAACUCCUACUAGGCAGCACGUCGCCUGACAACACUCUAGACAAUAGUGCCAAUUUGUUGCAAUUGGUGGAGGAUUUCUGCCGGGAGGGAGAACGUUACAUGGAGGAUGAAAAACGUGAUAAGAUGGAUCUGCAAGCACAAAUCGAAGCGGCAGAUAAGCAGCUCAAAGCCACCCGUUUAUUCCUGGAGGAGCAGGCAGCCGAACGAGAGCAGGAACGUGACGAGUUUGUGAAAGAGAUCGAACGUCUCAAGUCACAAAUGCGCGAUAAAGACAAGGACAAGGUGAUCUUGGAGCGGGUUACGAAAGAGGAUGGAUUUUUGUGUGACAGUUGUAGUUGUGAUAACGAUAAUCGGGAGAUUAUUUCGAAAUUGGAGGCUACCGAACAACAGUUGAAAGAUUUGACUACCCAGGUCGGAGAAAGAGAUGACAAAAUUAGAAAGCUGGAGAACGAUCUUAAAGACUCCAUUGACAAGGGAUUCACGCUGCGCGAGAUCAUAACCGAUCUAGAAACGCAAGUUGAAAGCAAAUCGAUUAACGAACAUGUGUUGCAUUCUAAAGUGAAGGAACUGGAACUUUACAUAGACGCGCAAAACCGUCAGAACGAGUCCUUGCAUCAGGAGGCGGAUGGCAUGAGCAAAGGUCACAAUGAGAAGAUAGCUAAGCUCGAAGAAGAACUACGGCAAAGUAGACCAACUGUGGAGCAAAGCUUGGUUCUCGAGGCUUUGACCGUGCAGCUUCGCGAUAUUGAAGAAACACUGGAAAAGAAAACCAAAAAUCUCGAAACCCUGCAUUCCGAAUCGGCUGCUUCGCUGGUGUGCAGUAGUCCUUCGGAGGAUAUUUCUGUAAACCAAGAAAGUCCACUUCGAAGGAAGAAGUCCCAAGAAGGCGAAGCUGUAGCACAACCCAUGUCGCUACCGGUCGAUGAGGUGCAGCGGAUAUUCGACAAGCUUCAUCGACACACCCGGAUCGAGGAUGUCGCAAUCAAACGUAUCAACGAUUUGGAGAUGCAAAUCGCCAACGUGCGGGGCAGUUACGCGGAACUAACGCACGAGCGCGAUGUGCUGCAGGAGAGGAUGUCGGAGCAAUCGCUCAAGAUAACCACGCUUCAAUCGAAGCUUGACGAGCAGCGACUCCGGGCCGAGGAACUGCACCGCCAGGGCACAUCGCAUCUCAGUGUUAAAGUGCACGACCUGCAGAACGAAUUGGUAAACGUGAAAGAAACGCUACAGACUCGUGAUAAGCAAAUUGCAAAUCUCAAAAAUUUCCUCGAAAAUAGUCAACAAGUGAUCGAGCGACAUGAGAAAGAACUAGCAAUGAAUCAAGCUAAAAAUGAUCGAAGCCAAUUCGAGCUAUCGCUCGAGACGGAGUUGCAGGCCAAAUGCAAUGAGAUUCAACUGCUCAAGAAUAAGAUCCAAAAUGAAAUGAUCAACAGAGCGGAUCUAUCCGAUCUGAUGGAUACAAUGCUAGCAGAGAAGAACGACGAAAUUGAUCAGCUGAAGGAGGAGCUUGCUCAGUUGCAGUCGCAGCAAGGACAUCGCACGCAGGGUUCCGCAAUCCCAAGCCACAAGGAGGAAGAUAACGCUCGCACAUUGAGCGACAUUGUCUCUAUCACCGAUUGUGACGAGUCGGAUAUGGUGAUGCGGCGCGUACCCGAACAGAGCGCAUCAUUUUUCCCAGCCCACAGCAUCCCUAUGAUGCACUGGACGGACUGCUGUGUCGUGUCGAUAAAGGAGACAUCCAAAACUGUUUUUCACUCCAAAGAAACAACACCGGCAUCGACAACUGCUCCUCAGAGUAGUGUUCCAACCACCGCCGGAUCCGAUCAUGACCCGUCCCUAGCGCCCCCACUGCCAAGGCCCGCACUUUUCCAAGUUCCCAGCUUCGGGGCUGGUUCACCGUUCUUGUAUCAGGAUCUUUCGGCGACGUAUCCUCGACCAACGGCGUCGACCGGUAUUAGUAGUGCAGGUACGCCCGAAUUUUUCCCUAGGCAUAUAAAUUUUUCGCUGGUGGGUGAGUCCAGAUCUACCCUCGGCUCUGCUGGUGAUCGCUUCCGGGAGCCAGCCUUCAUCGAGGAAAUACAGGAAGAUGACGAGACGGAAGAGAUCCAAGAAGCACCGAUUGAAUUGGUCACUGGCGAGCAUGAAUCUCUCCCAAUAGCUAAUGAGUUAGAAUCGUUAAAAAUGAGUUUAGAUAGGAUCACCAAGGAAAAAAAUGAUACAAUAGAAAAAAUGCAAAACAAAGUGACGGAAAAGGUUGAUGAAAUAGCGGACUUGCAAGUCGAGUUGGCUGCCAGAAAUAAACUGUACGAAGAUUUGCUUCAGGAAAAGAAAGAAUUGAAGGAUGAGCUAGAAACUAUCAAAACUAAUCUGCAUAAGUUAGACACUAUCGCCGAAAGUUUGAAGCUUAAAGAUAAUAAACUCAAAGAGGCUGUAGAAACGAUUGCUAGUAAAGAAAAAGAAAUAUCAGAGUUGAGAGAGUUGUAUGCUAAGCUGCGCGAAGAACUAGAGCAGCAAACCCAAGAAUCGGUUUUGCUUAAGACAGAACAACAAAAGAAUCAUAUGCUUCUGGACACCCUAAACCAGCAGAUAGAGUCACUAAAUAAAACAAUCGGACAUAAGAACGAACUGAUGUCUAAGUUAGAAAAAGAUAUUUCGAACUACACUAAAAAUGAGGAAAAAUACACCGAACAAUUGCGUUCGCUAGAAGCUAAAGAAACCGAGUUAAAGAUUUUACAGGGCAGCUACAAAGAUCGGCUGCACGACAUCGAGAUUUUGAACGAAGACAAUCGGUUUUUGAACGAGGAUAUCAAUCGUUUGAAAAACGAGAUUGCGAAAAGUUCCAGCAAUUCGACGUCCAAUCCUUCGUAUGUCCAGUUCUUGAAGCAAAACUGUGAAAAGUUUGAGGAAGAACUGCACGAAACUAAGGUGCUACUAACGGAAAAAAUGCUAGCACUAGAACGAGUAAGAAUUGACCUAACUAGCUGCCAACAGGAUGCGGAAGAUUUGAAGGCGCAACUGAGAGAGAAGGAAAUUAUCAUUCAACAAAUCGGAGACGAUGGUAACAGCUUGCAUGAAGCCUUAUCAAAGAUUCAGAACAAAAUGCAGGAAAAUAACAGCGGUUUGAGUACUAAGCUUCGAGAAGAGCAGACUCGAAAUGUAGCUUUGCAAGCUGAAAUCGAGCGAUUGAAGGUGCAACUGCAACGAAGCGAUAAUUCCUCUAGUCCGAAACCAUUUUCCGUGGAAGAAAUAGCAGAACAGUUGGAAAAAGAGCUAAAUUACUCGGCUCAGCUAGAUUCUAGUCUAAUGAAAGUAAUUGAAAGCGAUGACGUGGCUUCAGAAGAGGAAAAUUCAGCUAGAAACAGUAAAAAAGAGCAAAGAGCCGCCCAGGAACUGCAUGAUUUGAAACAACAAUUACAAAUGCAAAUAGACAAGUGUGUAAAGCUGCAAGAGCUGCUGGAUUCUGAGAAACAUAAUUCCAACGACAUUCAAACGCAAGAUGCUGAAAUUAUCGAAGCAAUGAGAUUGCGCCUCGAAGCUGCAAUCGAUAACGAGAGUGCGUUGCAAAAAUUGCUUGCUGAAGAGAGGAGCAAAACUGAACGACUAUCAACACUAAUGGCCGGCGUUCAACGAACCAAAUCGUUUGAUAACUAUCUACUAAUAAAAGGAAAAUCACCCCACGAAUCACCAUCACGAAGACUCAACCGAAGCAACGAAUUCGAAUCGGAAAUGGUUGCGCGCUUUGAGAGUGAAAUUAAGUUCCUGACCGCUCAGAACGAACGUGAACGAGAGAGGGCUGCUGAUUUGCAGCGUGUGCUCGAAAGAGAAAGGAGUCGUUUUGAAAAAGAAAUCUCCGAUAGAAAUGAACACGGAGAUCAAGUGAAAAGAGAAUUGGUGAGAGUAACCAAAGAAAAAGAACGUCUUGAAGUUGAGCUUGAUCAUGAACAGGAGAAGUUGAUGCUGGCACAUAAGGAAAUUGAGAGCUUAGAAAAGCGAAUCGAAGCCUUCCAGGAGGCAGAGUCGAUGCGAUCUUUCCGAAGAGAUCGAACUUCCGGACAAAAUUCAUUGGAAUCCCAAGAAUUGCGUCAACGUCUUGAUAACCUGGAACAAGAACGCAAUCAACUGCGGGAUACCGUACAGAACCUGCGGUCUGAAGUUGAGCGCAGAAAACAGCGAGAGGCAAAGUUGACGGAAGCACUGAGCAGAGAAAACUCUUUACUCGAUGGUGGUAAUGGAUCGGUUCCCGAAGAAUUUCUUACUAAGCUCCGCGACAUGAACAGGCUGUUAGAAGCAAACGCUCGUGAAAAUCAUCAACAAGCCGAAACCCUGCGGCUAUUGAUGGAAGAGCGAAAGGCGUUGCAACAGCGCAACCAGGAACUUGAACGAUUCAGUGCGCGUGGUAAUAGCAAUCAUUACAAUCGAGACGAUUUGGAAGAACGGGCAAAUCACUUGUUCGGCAAAUAUCUCCGGUCGGAAAGCCACCGAAAAGCUCUAGUGCAUCAAAAACGCUAUUUGCAAAUUGUGCUAACCACCUAUGAAGAAAACGAAACUAAAGCCCUUCAACUUUUGAAUGCACAAAACUUACACCUCCAAGGUUUAUCGCUGCCCAGUUUACCUAAAUCAGAUGCUGUAGAAGAUUAUCACCGCUCGAAGCGACGAUCAUUUCGUGCCGUCGUUACCGCAGUGAUUGCUAUCGAGCGCAUGAAAUUCAUUGUACGAAAGUGGCAAGGCGGGCGACGUGUUUGCGCAAAAGCUAUCUUCUCGCAGCAAUUCACUCCCCGCCGAUCACAAUCGGCCAGUACAAACGUCUGGGCCCGAUCACCCAACUCCCACUUCGUAGAAUACAAUGCGUCCCCACCGGCUCGAGAUCGACCGGCGGUAGUCGUUCAGCAGCCAUUGCAACAUGAUGCGGUAUAUUCUGGACACUAUCUUCGUCUGCCAGAAUCACAACUGCUUAUGAAUGCCGACCUACGGGAAAGGCUAGAGGAUCAGUACAAUCGAACCAACAACAACCGAUAGGGCUAGAAGUCGCUUUUAAACUAUUUUUUUUACGAAUAGCAGCUUCUUGUAUAUCUGCUACUACCAUUGUUUUAAGUGAGCUAAAGUAUUCAUUUUAUUUUGUCAUUCUUCAUUGCCACUAUAUCAGAUCUAGUCAAUUAUUGACGAAACCCUCUAGCAUACUUUAAAAGUAUAUGGUGUUGCUCAUAUUUUCCAUUUUGGAAAGCGGCUCAAUUGGACAAAUCGUAGUUGAGAAAAAUAAAAUUUAAAAAAGAGGUUGCACCGUGCACAGUUGAUCUCAAUAAAUGCUAUCAGUCACGCUGUUGACUAGCAAAAACAACUCGUUUCAAUAGUGCCUUAUCAAACUUGUAGAGUUAACUGCUACUGGAUCGAAUAUAUUUUUGUGUUUAGGAAAAACACACAUACAUACACAUACCCAUACACAAGCAGAGCACAAAUUGUUAGAUGAAUAUGAAGGUAUUGUAUAUUGUAUUACCAUUAGUAUCAUAUUGUACCUUUACAACUGUACUGCAUUAAUUUGUUGUAACCAACUUCAUCAUCUUUCAGACUUAAUGAAUCUAUCGUUUUCGUUUAGUUAGUAUUGUUUCUAGAAAGACACCCAAAUCGGAUUUUUUACUAUAGCAUUGACAUUUUUUUUAAUCAUUCAGAAAUAGUUGGUUAGUUAUUUAGAGAUGUAACAGUAAUAUACCAAAUACACAAGGCAAUCGUCUAGAAAA